GGCCUCAAAGACAGGAGAUCUGCUAUAGCCACUUCAGUCCAAAAACUGUAGGGAAGUGGGCGGCGCCAGACAGGACGCUGCAGAAACUUUCUUGGCUAUCUGGCAGCCUAGGGAACCACUUUCUCCCAGAAACAAAGUAAAGAAAGGAGAUGGAGUUGGGUAUGGCGUGGCCUGGCCGGCCCGGAAGGACUUUGGGUGGAGCGGACUGUGAAAGCUUUGGGGCAGAGGGGGAGGGGAAGCUUCCAGGAGCAACUAACCUCAGCUUCCUAAACUCAGCAGAAAGGUCGGAGGCAUUGUUGGAAAAGGCCAGGAAUUCUGUGAUUCUGUCUGCCCGCCAAAGACGAACGAAAACCCAAGUUGUGCGAUGCAGCUUUAAAGGGGCUGGUGAUUGACAGAAUGUGUAGCAGUGGAUGGGGUGGAGCCGCUGGGUGGGGUCUAGGACCGGCAGCUGGGAGAAACCAAAAGGAAGAAAAAAGAAAACCAUUGCCCCUGAUAUCGCUAAUGCCGGGCGGAGAAAGCUAGCCAGAAGGGGAGGAAAAGGAGGGUUUUAGAUCUCACCUCCACUCCUACCCACGGUCAACUCUCUCAAACCCUUCUGUCUCCUUUGGAGAUAAUUAAAAUCGAGUAUACACCGGCCCUCGUCGGUGCCCAUUCCCUCUAACUCUCCACUGAAGUAGGUUUGUAGUACGAGGGAGAGAGGACCCCGAGUCCGUCAGCUCAACCCCAGCCCCGCCCCGUCCGUUGGCCCUGGCCCCAGGCUGGGUGGAGAGGAUGCCUUCGGAGGCGCAGAAUGCGAAAAUAUGGAUCAACUCAUAAACAACUUGGAAGUCCAACUUAAUUCAGAAGGUGGCUCCAUGCAUGUAUUCAAACAGGUCACUGGCUCUGUUCAGAUCAGAGAUCCCCCAAAGACAGCAGACAGAGGUAACAUGACAUCUCUACCAAUUCUGGCUGCCAACCCCAUGGAGAACCCAGCACUGUUUAGUGACAUCAAGAUUGAGCCCCCAGAAGAACUUCUGGCUAAUGAUUUCAACAUGCCCCAGGUGGAACCAGUAGACCUCUCCUUUCACAAACCCAAGGCUCCUCUCCAGCCUGCCAGCAUGCUGCAAGCUCCAGUACGUCCUCCCAAGCCACAGCCUGCUCCUCAGACUCCUGUAGUGUCCACGUCAACAUCUGACACAGGCACUUUAGCAAACAUCCCUACCGUUCUGACUCCAGGCUCCAUUCUGGCCUCCUCUCAGGGCACCUGUGGCCAGCAGAUUUUGCAUGUGAUUCACACCAUUCCCUCAGUCAGUCUGCCAAACAAAAUGGGAGGCCUGAAAACCAUCCCAGUAGUGGUGCAGUCUCUGCCUAUGGUGUAUACUACUACUUUGCCUGCAGAUGGGAGCCCUGCAGCCAUUACAGUCCCACUCAUUGGAGGAGAUGGCAAAAAUGCUGGAUCAGUGAAAGUUGACCCCACCUCCAUGUCUCCACUGGAAAUCCCAAGUGAUAGUGAAGAAAGUGCAAAUGAGAGUGGAUCCUUGGCCUUACAGGGACUACAGCAAGAAUCAGCAGCAAUGACUCAAAUGCAGGGAGAAGAGUCCCUUGACUUGAAGAGAAGACGGAUUCACCAAUGUGACUUUGCAGGAUGCAGCAAAGUAUACACCAAAAGCUCUCACCUGAAAGCCCACCGCAGAAUCCAUACAGGAGAGAAGCCUUAUAAGUGCACCUGGGAUGGCUGCUCCUGGAAAUUUGCUCGCUCAGAUGAGCUUACCCGCCAUUUCCGCAAGCACACAGGCAUCAAGCCCUUCCGGUGCACAGACUGCAACCGUAGCUUCUCUCGCUCUGACCACCUGUCCCUGCACCGCCGGCGCCAUGACACCAUGUGAGCUCCACAGUCCACACUUAGAAGAGCUGUGCUGCUCUCAUUCCUGUGUGUGUACUGAGGUCAUGACCAUCUUUUCCACUUUGACUUCAGCAUGCCUCUGGGAUGGGGUUGGAACAGCUCACUGAGCCAGGUUGAUGAGACUGGUUUUCCAUGGGGGCUUUUCAUAUUCCAUCUUCACCUCUCCACCGUCCACUCCCCAGUUUUAUCAACCACCACAUAGGUUGAGUAAAAGUGUGGCACCCAUGGUCGGAGAUGGGACAUUUUUCCUACAAUAACAAAACGGGAAUCCAACUCAAGGCUGUGAAAAAAACAUAUGCUGCUUUUUUUUUCCUCUUUUCUUUUUCUGAGAAUUCUUAUCCAUAGUAUUUUUUUGAGUCAGUACUUAAAAGUGGUUGGUAACUUCUAAAAUAACUUUUUUUCAAGUUCCUAGAUAGAAGAGGGCAUAACAGUAUACUUCAUUGGUAGAAUGGAUUUGGUUCCUGAGCAUAGGACACAUUCUCAGUGAAUAAACUGAGUCCCAUACAAAACUGAAAGGUUUUGUAAAUCCAAUCCUGUUUGUUCUUACAGUUUGGUUUUCAGACAGUGCAGGUGCUUUUGCUUCCUAAGUCCAUCAAAGGAAAUGAAGGGAUCUUCUUGUCCAUCUCCUUUUCCUUCUUCCUUCUCUUUCUCCUUUAAGAUUAAAGAUUUUACAGCACAAUCACAUUGUUAGGUUAAAUAUUUGUUAGGACAAAUAUUCAAAGCACACAUCAACAUGCCGGUAGGGUGAAAGGUGUUUCAGGAGAGUAUGUUGGAUCAUGAUAAAAAGAAGCAGAACUAGGAUAAUCCUGAAAACAAAUAGAGGAAGACUUUCAUUUGGAUAAGAUACUAAAAGUGCUGUGAUCACAAACCUCAUUCAAAGGGCAGCCUGUUCAGACAGUGUCUUGAGGGGCUGUACUGUACUGUUUAUUCUUUUGUUUACAUAAAGCAAUUAUUAUGAGUAUAACACAUGAUGAGAAAUCAUACACUGGGGCCAUGUUAUAGAAAGGUAAGGGAUUGUAAAAAAAUAUUUGCUCAUUCCAUGGCAUUAUUAGCAUGCAUUCCUGUGUUUCAAUUGGAAUAUAAGAGGUUUUCAGUGAAAACUGAAAUACAAAAAGUAACUCGAUGUUCUGCAACUGCUAUGAACACCUAAGCCAUUUCUUUUAGCCAUACAGCAUGUUGCAUAAUAUACACAUUUGGUUACCAAAUCUUACUAUUUCAUAAUAGUCUCCGAGACAUAAAACCUUGUGUUCUAGGCUGUAGACUUCAGAUCUACCUCCACAUGGCAUAUUUCCUCUCUCUGGGGGGAAUGGGAGUUUGCAUCACUUAACUUUGGACUUAGCCUCUCUCCUAAAGGUUAUCUUCAUAUGGACCCCCUUUUCCUUAGCAGAUAUUCAACCAGUCCCUGCUUAAAUAGUUUAGGUUACUACCUCCCAAUGUUUAUCCAUUCUGAAUAAAUAAUAGAAUUCUAGCACCAAUAAGGGAUACUAUUAACCAUCUAGUCUUAACCCAUCAUACAUAUUUUACAGAUGAGACAAAUACGGGUCGGAUUCUUUCUCCAGAUUUUUCCUUGAAGCCUUAUAAACCUGUACACCCAUUCUUCCAGGGAUCACAUUAUUAAACCAAAUUAGAGAAAACUUUACAUGAUUGGUUCAAGUAAUUGUCCAAUUUUAUGUUAUGCUUCAGAAAACUUUAGACCACUCACAAAAUAAUUUACAGUUGAUUAAAUAGUAAAGUGUGCCUGUGGUCACUGACAUACAUUAGGCACACAAUUUUUCUCUUCUAACACUUUCUAUAACAUCUCGGAAUUGAUUUACCUCACUUAAACAUACCGUGUCCAGCUCAUAAACCUUUAUAAAUUUAAAGCCUGCCUGUAUUUUUCAAAGUGACAUGUGGAUUUUUAUUAUUCUCAUUGUUAUUUUGAUAUAGAUUUUCCUUUGACUUUUGGUGUGUAAGUUUCACACUGUAGAAUGAAAGGGAACUUUUAUGUACCUCUAAGACAGGUUGUUAAAGGUAAAUUACCAUCAUACAUAUUGUCUUAAGCUUGUAAUUGAGUAGUUGAUACGGUAUUUCACAGUAGAGUCCAAAGACUUACCCAUUUUCUCCAGAGUUUCGAUCCUGAGACAACCUUUUCCAGAAUUCAUAACUGUCAUGUGCCCCCCUGACAUCAGGAUCUUUUGCAUUGGAGCAUAUAAUUUAUUAAUACAUAAAGGAUAUUAAGCAUACUAUUAUACUAACUAGAAUGAUCAAAUUAAAGUUCCAAAUAUUGAUAUCCCUGACACCUCUAAGCUUUCAUUCAAUUUUUUCUUCUGCUAAGUAAGGAGGACCUUUUUUACUGCUUUAUUGUCUAUAGUCAGGCAACAAUUUUAAUCCUAUUCUCAUUGCCCUCUCCCUUCCAAAUAACAAUAAAAAAUUAUUCCAAUUAUUACAUAUUCUUUAAGUAAUGUGUUAAAAUUUAUUAAGAGUAUUUCAUACCAUACGGUAAUUCAAAUACAGUACAAUACAGUAGUGUACCAAAAGUGUAUAGAAUUUUGUUAGAUAGUAAGACAGAAAGGAACUGUAUCUCUUAAGUGGCAUUUAGGGUUCAUUGAACAUGCUGUGCUCACAUCAGCAAAGCACUGUUGUGUGGAUAGUUGACUAGGGUAUGGAAAAUGGCCUUAUUUGAUGUGGUUGGAUAAUAUCCUGGGAUUUGUUGCAGUGGAGUUCCUCCAUCUGUAGAUGCUUGUCAGUUGAACAUAACUAUUGAUAAUUAUGAUUGGGAAAUUCAGGAAAAGCUGAAGAAUAUGAAUUGGCUGGGUAGAUUAAGGGGGAAUGAAUUGUGGGUAAGAUAAAAAGGUUUGUGAGGGUAACUUCUUUUUAAAUAAAAUGUUUAUUUUGGAACAGUUGUAGAUAUAUAGAAAAAUUGUGAAGAUUCUACAGAGAGUUUCCCUAUACCCUACAUCCAGGUUUUUUCUAUUAUUCACAUCUCUCAUUAAUAUGGUACAUUUGCUAUAAUUAAUAAAGUGAUAUUGAUACUUAUUAACUCAAGUCCAAAUAUUCAAAUUUCCUUAAUUUUAACCUAAUAUCUUUUGGGGGGUUCCAUUCAAGAUACUGUCACAUUUACUGGUCCUAUCUCCUUACACUUCUCUUAAUUGUCAUGGUUUCUCAGAGUUUCCUUUUUUCCUAUGACUUUUACAGUUUCAAGGAGUAUGUCCCUCAACUGAGAUUUGUCUGAUUACAUUUCUCAUGAUUAAACUGAGGUUAUGGGUUUUUGGGAGGAAGAGCAUAGAGGUAAACUUCUAUUUUCAUCACAUUUUAACAUGACUUAUACCUUUGAUGUUAACCUUGAUCACCUGGCUGAGAUAGUGUUUUGUCAGCUUUCUCCUCUGGACUUUCUACCCCACAUCCUAUACUGUACUCUUUGGAAAGAAGUCAUUAUGUGCAGCCCACACUAAAGGAGUGCUGAGUUGUGCACCAUAUCCUUGAGUGUGUCUAUAAAAAAUUAUUUGGAAUUCUGCGUGGGAGAUUUGACUCUUCUCCCUCAUUUAUUUAUUUAUGCAGUCAUUUACUUGUAUCAGUAUGGACUCACAUUUACUUUGUACUUUGCUUUAUAAUCCAAUAAAAUUUUAUGUUGUAUGCUCAAA